UUAUGGGAUGAAGACGUCGGCAGCGGUCUACGUAGCAAAGCGCAAGAGGAGGACAUAUCUGAUGCAGCAUACGAAAAGCGUCAUCGUAAGCAUGAACUUGCAGAGAAGAAACUAAAGAACCGAGAGCGAGAAAGGUUGACAUAUGAACGGUAUCAGCAACAGCUGGCGGUCGAGAAGUUACGAAAUACCGAUUCCAAAAACUUGAUAUCCGUUGCAGCCUUGCGCAAUAACGAUGCGACGAAUGAUGCAAGCAAACUAGAGACGGCACAUAAGAAACUUCUCAAAGAAGCCGAAGAUACAUUGGCGCGGUAUGACUCACUGGGGCUCGGGGGAAAGAAGCGAAAGACCGAUGUGAGUAGUAAUAAUACGGAAGGGGAGAGCAAGGUGACAGAGGAACCAGAAUGUAAGAAGAUACGGCUUCGAGGAUCGAGGCGCACAAGUAACGCGAAUUCAGAUGAUGUUCCUUCGAAAAUGAAGGCCGAGACACCUAUUCGGGUGACCCGAAGUCGAAAAAGGAAUGAAAAACAGUCAAAUGAGAAUAAUUUAAAUAAGACGAUAACGAUCAAGAAAUCAGCCAAAGCAUUACCACGGGCAAAAAAAGUUCGGAAGGCAAUAACUACUUCGUCGAUUGACCUACCGUCAUCCACCCUUUCCGCUCAUCAGCGCGUUAUGACAUUCAUUAAACCCAACACCGCCAUGCCUUCAGGAUUACGCAAGAGUUCUCGAUCAGCUCUCGCGUUUGGGCACCGAAUUCCUACCAAAUCAUUGACCAAAAGGGAUUUUACCUUGCCCAUAAUGAUCUUUGGCGAGAUGAUGAGGGAACGGGAAAAUUUACGAUUGAUCGAAUACCAGCAACAACUCGAGGCAUCGAAAGAAUACGACGCAUUGAUGGAAAAAUCGACCAAGUGA